GUCUGAAACUGAUGACAGAACCCAACUGGUUCAUUGCGGUUUAACUAACAUCUCUCUCUCUCUCUCUCUAAAAUAGCCAAACGGAGAAAUAGGAUAAAAGGGGAGAGAGAAAAUGCCGUCGCAGAUCCUUCUUCCAAUCUCCUCAUCCUCCUCCUAUCUUCCCCCUAAAUCCUCCACCCAAAUGAUGUUUAAGCCUUUGAUCUACGACUCCUCCUCCUCCUCAACCACCCUCCUCGAUGGCGACGACCACUCCGUCAAGCCUCUCCUCUCCCGCGCCUCCAGCUUCAACGGCGCCGUCACGUCGCCUAACGGUGAAUCGACCGGUCUGUAUCAGAACAGACGCCGACGAUCCAACAGCGAUAACUGUCUCUCUGCUGCGGCCUCUCCGGAUCAUGAUGGUACUACUAACGGAAGCCAACAACAAACUAUCGGUCAGGAGGUUAGCCACGCAGCCGCCGAGACUUUCUUGCUCACUCGUCUCUUCUUGAAGCUCCUUAGCUAUCUUGGGGUAGGUUAUAGAUGGAUCACAAGGUUUCUCGCACUUGGUUUCUAUGCUUUUCUGCUUAUGCCAGGCUUUAUUCAAGUCGGGUAUUACUAUUUCUUCUCUCCUCACGUCCGCCGAAGUAUUGUUUACGGUGAUCAACCAAGAAACAGGCUUGACUUGUAUCUACCUAAGAACACCAACGGUCCAAAACCUGUUGUGGCGUUUGUCACUGGUGGAGCCUGGAUUAUUGGUUAUAAGGCGUGGGGUUCUCUUUUAGGACAGCAGUUAUCAGAAAGAGAUAUUAUUGUCGCUUGUAUCGAUUACAGGAAUUUUCCUCAGGGAUCUAUUAGUGACAUGGUGAAAGAUGCUUCUUCUGGCAUCUCUUUUAUUUGUAAUCAUAUCGCUGAGUAUGGUGGUGAUCCAAACCGAGUUUACCUGAUGGGUCAGUCUGCUGGUGCACAUAUCGCGGCUUGCGCCCUGGUAGACCAGGUGGUUAAAGAGUCAGGGGAGGGGGACAGUGUUUCUUGGAGUAGUUCACAGAUAAAUGCUUAUUUUGGUCUGUCUGGAGGGUACAACCUUUUGAGCCUUGUAGACCACUUCCACAACAGAGGACUGUACCGUUCCAUCUUUCUGAGCAUCAUGGAAGGAGAAGAAUCACUAAAACAGUUUUCUCCUGAACUAGUAGUGCAAGACCCAAAUCUCAAACACAUUGUUUCUCGCCUCCCACCUAUUAUUUUGUUCCAUGGUACUGCUGACUACUCCAUCCCUUCAGAUGCAAGUAAAUGUUUUGCGGAAACACUCCAAAGGCUUGGAGGGAAAGCAGAAGUGAUCCUUUACGAGGGGAAAACACACACGGAUUUGUUUCUUCAGGAUCCAAUGAGAGGUGGAAAAGACGAGAUGUUUGAAGACAUAGUAUCAGUGGUUAUGGGAGACAAUCAAGAAGUGAUUGGUAAAAGCGUAGACAGAAGGCGUCUUGUCCCUGAAUUCAUGUUGAAGUUGGCUCACUGGGUCAGUCCGUUCUAACUCUCACUCUCUUCUCCUCGCAAGACACACUAUUACCGUGUAUAGUAGUGGUUAUCAAGGAGACAGAUUCAUUGUACUUUGACUAUACCGAUGAUUUUGAACUUUGAUCAGGAUCUCUUGUAUCCCAAAUUUGCAAUACACGUUGAUUCUUUUGGUCAUUCUCUUGUUUGUAUUAUUAUUUAGAACAACAAAGAGCAGUGUUGAAACUAAUUUUUAUUUACCUUUGUCUCAUUAACC